CUGCAGCUCAUUGUUGCUCUCCGCCUCUGCUGCUGCUGCUGCUUCUACUGAUAGGUGCUUUUGUUGUUGUUGAAUCAAUUAGCACACUCUCUGCUAUAGGUCCAGUACCAUGGUGCUUCUAGACGCACUGCCGGACGAGCUGCUCGAGCAUAUCGUAGGGCUCCUUGCACCGCCGUUCUCAACAGCGGCGUCCGUGCCAAUGAGACGCGAUAUGCUCUCGCUCAGCAGGCAAGAAAAAGAACCUGUUCGCUCAAGAAUCACUGCGCGGCCGGUCUUUGAUCUCAAAGGCUCCCGGAUCCUGAAAGCGCAGCAGGUCGUCUCGCCACAGUCCGCCGGCUGCUACUCUGAUCUCGCAAAUCUGGCCUGCGUCAGCCAUCGCUUCCAUGCUCUCGUUACUCCACUGCUGUACCAAAAUAUCACAUUACGGGUGUGCGAAGUCAACCAGGCUCUCAACAGUCUGCUCAUAGCCGCCCGUGGUCCUUCGGGGGCCUUCGUGCGCUCCGUCUCGAUCCGAGAUCCGGAUCCUGCCGUCCACCCGCGCAUCAUCAACCCCAAAUACCGCAACAAGCUCAUCUUUGCAUUCUCAAACUUUCUGAUGAAUUUCUUUGAAGCGCUGUCGAUACAUCCAACACUGACUAGUUUCCACUGGAACGUCUUCGACACCCUCAUCUUUUCACCUUUGUUCAUGGACAGUCUCCCGCCCGGGAUCCAGGAGUUUACUUUAGACCAAGGCCGCGUGAUUCCGCUCACCAAGUUCGAACUAGUCAAGAAGUUUGUCUACCGCGCUCACAUGCUUUCGUUCACCUCAAACUGUCUGUACGAACGCCGGAUCAGCAAAUUUUUGUCGCUCAACUUUGCCAGUCUGCAGUUUCUCCAGCUUCAGAAUGUCAAUCUGGCUGUAUGCUUUGAGUUUCGGUCGCCAAAUAGUGCCAUGAAGCAGCUGCAGAACCUCGGUACCCGAAAUUACAGCGAGACGACGGUGCAUGAGAUAUCCCAUCUGAUUGAAAACGCGAUUCAGGACGGACUGAAAUCACAGUCAGAAGAGAAAGACAAAGACAGAUUGGACGCGAGUGUGCACUCGUCUCGGUCAGAGAGUCCUCGCUCACAAAACGCAGAGAGCAGCGACAGUGAUUCGGUCGACGAAUCAGUAAAAUCACAGUCACUCAGUCAUACUUUAGACUCUCCACAAGAAGAACGGCAGGAGAAAGAAAAGGAACAGGACAUCAACAUCUCUGAAUUUACAAACACUUCAGCAGACCGCCGACUAAGUCUACCAGAUGCUCUGCCCAUCAUCUUCCCCAGCCUCGAAAACGCCUACUUCACCGAUUUUUUCACCUCGUCCUCCGUGGCGUCCUUUUCCUGCGAAUGGCUCACCCUUCUUUUGGCAGCCCAUGUAAACAACAAGAAUCUAUGCAUCAAGUACGCAAGCCGGUUGGUCAACAAGGACGCAAUAUUCGCUCGGGAAUGGGGUCUAGUGCAGCCUGUUCCGCAUCUUGUGGGUUUAAAUGGCCAGCCGCUGACAGAUGAAGAGACAUUCAGACGGGCCGGGUACGCAGUCGGAACCAAAUCUGGGCAGUGGAAUGGGUGGAACUGGGAGUAUUCUACAAUCAAGGGAUGGAGUUUUAGUACGAUCUCGAAUGAGGAUAAGCAGUGAGUUUGUUUGGUUGUAUAGCUGUUUGGUAUGGUACAUUAUGCUAUGUGUUUGAUUAUGAUUUUUGAUUGGUAUGGAGUGAUUGUUGUUUUUUAAUUUUUUUCUUGUUAUUUUGAAGAUAUUCGAUGUUCAGCUAGUUCUCAUAUUGAAAUCUACUUUUUCGUAUUCCGUCGUUUUUGACACAAUGCUCUAACUAUGUAGCUACACACGUCAAUAAUAAACAAGAAUAUUCUAAAACACAGCUCCAGUGCUAUUCAUUGACAGUCCACAGAUUUGCCACAAACCUCAGUCAGCUCCGCUCCGAGCUCGCGGGAUGACGAUGCUGCGGCUCAGGUGGAGUUGGGAGUUGGGAAAAUUUAUUUCAACCUCCG